CUAACAGAUAGAAAACAUUGUCGAUUUGAUGUUAAGUAUGAUAAAACACAAAUUGUUGGAAUGUAUAUUUGUAUAACUGCAAAUGGUCCUAUAGAAAAUCUUUAUAAAAAAUUACGUGAAAGUAAUUCAUCUAUAGAUAUUAAUGCACUUUAUCGUAGAAUCAGAUUUAUUAUAAAAUUUGAAGGAGAACCUAUUGAUCCAAGAAUUGGAUAUGGAGAUGUUUUAAGAAUUUAUGAGAAAGGAAAUAAACAAGAUGUGAAUAAUAGAAUCUUUGAUAUUGAAUUUAAUAGAGGCACUACUUUAGAAGAAGUUAAAAAAGUAACUUUAGAUUUAGGAAUUGAAGAUAUUGAUGAAAUUACUGAUAGAGUUAUAACGCAAAUUCCAAAAUCAGAUCCAGGAAAAAGAAUAUUAGUAGCUUCAAGUAAAGAUAAAAAUUCAAAGCAAAAUAAUACUUUAGAAACUAGUAAAAAUUAUAAUUCAGAAUCUUCUCUUUCAUCUAAUGAUUCUAUUGAAACAAAAAGAAAAAAAAAAGGAAAACAAGUAAUUAAAAAGAAUAAUAAUAUUGAACAAGUACAAAUUAGUUUUGAUAAUAAUAUUGAAGUAGACUUAGAACAAGCACAAAUUAGAUCUAAUUAUAACGAAUUAAGCAAUAAAAAAAGAAAAUUAGAAGAUUUUUUAGAUUUUAAUGAAUUAUUAGAAGAUAAUAAUCUUGAUAAUGGUCAAGGUUCAAGUAAAGAAAUUAAAAGAAUUAGAUCUGAUAAAGGAUUAAAUAGAUUAUUAAAAAAA